AGGUUUGAAGUGAUAUGCUAAGAAGUGAAGAUAUGAUAGAGACGUGGUGAAUUAUGGAUUACAUGCUCAUAACAGGGGUGCAAGUUGUGAUGUAAUUCAGUAGUUGGGGGUGCAGGCCUGAAAAACGAGGAGUCGGUACUGGGGUGCAGAGUAGGAAGUCAUAUAAAGGGGUGCAGGAUUUUAGGGUGAGGAGCCAUUAGUGGGGUGCAGAGUAGGAAGUUAGUAGAGGGGUGCAGGAACCAGUACCUGGGUGAAGAAAUCAGUAUUGGUGUGCCAGGUGUAGAUUGUUUUGGGGUUCUCUUUCCGUGUGAUGUAUAGAGAGCUGCGCUAGUUAAAGGUAAACCGAGGAGAGAAUAAAUACAGCGAGGCAGUGCUGAAGAGACAGAGAAGGAAGGGACAACACAGAGCAGCUGAGUAACCCUGAGCAGAGUGCAGGAGAGAAGAGAUUCUGCAGAGAACAGGUUGCACAGACCCGCAGCGAUCGCACACACACAAGACACACAAGACACACAAGACACACAAGACACACAAGACACACAAUACACACAAGACACACAAUACACAGGGCUGACAUACGAGUUAUAGAAGCCAAGUUGAAGGCUGAGUGGAAAUAGCAGCGACGAGACGCAGACGACACAUGUCAGGCUAGAUCAGAGGGAUUCAGAGCGUUCCAAUCACACAGCGACGAGAAGGAAGGUGUGGGAAAAGCUGGAAGGUUUAUAAGGUAAACAAUAACAGGCAGAGACACAGAAGAGACCGCGUGUCCAGGAAGACUGAGCGAGCUUUCCUUCAGAGGACUCUCGGGAAUCUGAUUCCAUGCCAAGAGUGGAUUUGCAUUAACAGAAAGCACCGUCAUUGUUGGGACACCUUAUUGUUUACAGGGUGCCGUUUGAGCUACGUGGUCACUGUGACAUCAGACUAGUUCCCAGAGCUCGGUUCAGGUUGGAUCUAGAGGAUCUGCGAGCGUUUAGCACCUCAUCUAGACAUUUGCAGCUGGGGGCUACACCGGAGUUCAGGCUGACUAGUUCCUGAGCGUACAAUAGAGGCUCGACGGAGAAGAGAGAUGCUUUAUUAAUCCUCUGAACCCCACUUUCCUCCCAGAUACCUCCUGGUGAUCGGCUAUACUUUUUUUUUUUCUUGGUGGGACUUGUUUUUCCUGUAAUUAGGCACUCUGGCUUGUACCCUGUUGGCAGCGACACCUAUACGCCAGAGGAUGUCGAGGAAGAAGAGUCAGAAAAGUAAAGGUAGCAGCUCCCCUGCUACGUGUAGUGUCCCGGCCACCAAAGAGAAUGGCAAGGUGGGCCCCGAAGGCCAUAGCAAUGGCAUGGUGAUAUCGGGGCGCCCGUCCCUCAGCAACAGCGGCGAGUUUUACGACAUUGCAUUUAAGGUGAUGCUGGUUGGCGAUUCUGGAGUGGGAAAGACUUGUCUUCUGGUCAGAUUUAAGGAUGGCGCGUUCCUGGCUGGCAGUUUCAUCUCCACGGUUGGGAUUGACUUUCGGAACAAAGUACUGAAUGUGGAUGGCGUAAAAGUCAAACUGCAGAUCUGGGACACGGCAGGACAAGAGCGAUUCCGCAGUGUUACUCAUGCAUACUACAGAGAUGCACACGCUCUGCUGCUACUGUAUGAUGUUACCAACAAGUCCUCCUUUGACAACAUCAAGGCCUGGCUGACUGAGAUCAAUGAGUAUGCCCAGAAAGAUGUGGUCAUCAUGCUUCUUGGAAACAAGGUGGACUCCGCUCAUGAACGGGUCGUCAAGAUGGAAGAUGGAGAGCGGCUGGCAAAGGAAUAUAGCGUGCCAUUCAUGGAGACGAGUGCCAAAAGUGGACUGAACGUGGAAUUAGCAUUCAUGGCCAUUGCAAAAGAAUUGAAACACAGGUCCAUGAAGCUCCCCAACGAGCCAAAAUUUAAACUCCAUGACUACGUCAAGAAGGAAGUCAAAGGCUCGGGAUGCUGCAAGUCCUGAUUCUGCCACCUGGAUUCUGUACAAAGACUUGAUGAGAACUUUCAGCCUUUCCACUAAGGACGGGGGUCACUCAAGAACCCACCCAGCACAGCCCCCUUUAUUCUGUGGAAGAGCAUUCUCUGUGCAUGUCUGUGUUUGUAUCUGUGAGGGUAGCAAUCUGAUGUGUUCAACAAAAGGACAUCUAAACAACUAGACUGAUUCUGCACAGUUGGCCACUAAGCUGUACAUAAGGAUAACAUAUUUACUGUAUACCACAUCUGAACAUAAAGAUCUGUUUUAUAUAAAACUACAGUACAGCUGUGCAGCGCUACAAUUUAUAUGUACAUAUCUGACUGUUCUGGGGCGUUGUGUUCAAAAACCUCAAUGAAUGUAUUCAAUUUUGGUGAGAUUGCCUCACAGAAUGCACCGACGUGAUAAUUCAGGGACCAGAGCUGCACAUGCUUGCAGGUUUUCUUGAGCAAGCCAUCGUCACAUCCACUGAUGAAGGUUUGGGUGUCCUUUUGUCCACACAUGCAUCUGCAGCUCCAGAACCCAACAAGAAGCUUCUGGGCUUUUUCUAUAUAUUUUGCCGUUAAGACGAGAAGCUCUGUGUGUAGGUGUUCCAAUGCAAAACCAUUUAGGUUGGAUUCUGUUGUACUUGUUGCUUUAAAAGUAAAGGUAGCCUUUCUGUAAGCCACAGCAUAUUAAUAAAGCACUUUGGCCUCUCACCCAAAA